AAUCACCAGGCACUGCAGGACUGAAAAUCUGGUCAACACCAUAAGAAGAGAGGAGAUCAUCGACACUUAGACUAACACUCCUUGAGAGGACCCUAACGCACAUUUACUCAUUAAGACAUCGUGGCUCUGAAUCAACAGGCACUGCAGGACUGAAAAUCUGCUCAACACCACAAGAAGAGAGGAGUAAGUUUGAGCUGAGUCGAGCUCAACCCUGCCAGGUCAUCUAUGCAGUUCCCAUGAGGACCCUCGCACGUACUCACUCGUAAUGACCUCAUGGAUUGUACUUCAACAGGCAUUGGACUGAAAAAACUGCUCAACACCAAGACAUGAGAAUAGUUAAAACGGCAUGCAGAUGAAAAGAAAAGCCCAGGAGACAGUGAAGCUGGUUCCAGAAAGCGCAAACUUGAGAAUAGAAACGACAAGCUUGCUUCGAACAUGGAAAAAAAUCAACGAGGACAGAGUGGACUUGGAGCAGACAAGCAGGAGGGUCAUGACGCCAAAGUCGAUGGAACUGGAACAGGACAGGGUCACAGGAAACAUAAAGCUGUGGUAACUGGAGAUGGAGUUAAAAUUGAUUUGGAGACUGUUAAUAGAGCCUUUCUUGAAUUAGCAGAGAAAGGUCGUCCAGAUACUGUCAAGAUAUUGAUAGAUGCUGGGGCUGAUGUUAAUGCCAAGGACAUUAACAAUGAUAUACUCUUGCUUGCAUCAGCAUCUCAAGGUCAUUCUGAUACUGUAAAGAUAUUGAUAGAUGCUGGGGCUGAUGUUGAUGCCAAGGACAUUAACAAUGUCACACCCUUGCUUGCAUCAGCAUUGGGAGGUCAUUCUGAUACUGUCAAGAUAUUGAUAGAUGCUGGGGCAGAUGUUAAUGCCAAGACCACUAAGAAUGACACACCCUUGCAUUAUUCAGCAUCGGUAGGUCAUUCUGAUACUGUCAAGAUAUUGAUAGAUGCUGGGGCUGAUGUUAAUGCCAAGAACACUGACAAUGACACACCCUUGUUUGCAUCAGCACGGGGAGGUCAUUCUGAUACUGUCAAGAUAUUGAUAGAUGCUGGGGCUGAUGUUAAUGCCAAGAACACUGACAAUGACACACCCUUGUUGGUAUCAGCACGGGGAGGUCAUUCUGAUACUGGCAAGAUAUUGAUAGAUGCUGGGGCUGAUGUUGAUGCAAAGGGCACUAACAAUGUGACACCCUUGUUUGCAUCAGCAUUGGGAGGUCAUUCUGAUACUGUCAAGAUAUUGAUAGAUGCUGGGGCUGAUGUUAAUGCCAAGACCACUAACAAUGACACACCCUUGCAUAAAUCAGCAUGGGGAGGUCAUUCUGAUACUGUCAAGAUAUUGAUAGAUGCUGGGGCUGAUGUUGAUGCCAAGGACAUUAACAAUGUCACACCCUUGUUUGCAUCAGCAUCUGGAGGUCAUUCUGAUACUGUCAAGAUAUUGAUAGAUGCUGGGGCAGAUGUUAAUGCCAAGACCACUAAGAAUGACACACCCUUGUAUUAUUCAGCAUCGGUAGGUCAUUCUGAUACUGGCAAGAUAUUGAUAGAUGCUGGGGCUGAUGUUGAUGCAAAGGGCACUAACAAUGUGACACCCUUGUUUGCAUCAGCAUUGGGAGCAUGGGGAGGUCAUUCUGAUACUGUCAAGAUAUUGAUAGAUGCUGGGGCUGAUGUUGAUGCCAAGGACACUAAGAAUGUCACACCCUUGUUUGCAUCAGCAUCUGGAGGUCAUUCUGAUACUGUCAAGAUAUUGAUAGAUGCUGGGGCUGAUGUUAAUGCCAAGAACACUAAGAAUGUCACACCCUUGCUUGCAUCAGCAUCUGGAGGUCAUUCUGAUACUGUCAAGAUAUUGAUAGAUGCUGGGGCUGAUGUUAAUGCCAAGAACACUAAGAAUGUCACACCCUUGUUUGCAUCAGCAUCUGGAGGUCAUUCUGAUACUGUCAAGAUAUUGAUAGAUGCUGGGGCUGAUGUUGAUGCCAAGAACACUAAGAAUGUCACACCCUUGCUUGCAUCAGCACUGGGAGGUCAUUCUGAUACUGUCAAGAUAUUGAUAGAUGCUGGGGCUGAUGUUAAUGCAAAGGACACUGACAAUGACACACCCUUGCUUAUAUCAGCACGGGGAGGUCAUUCUGAUACUGUAAAGAUAUUGAUAGAUGCUGGGGCUGAUGUUGAUGCCAAGGACACUAACAAUGUCACACCCUUGCUUGCAUCAGCACGGGGAGGUGAUUCUGAUACUGUAAAGAUAUUGAUAGAUGCUGGGGCUGAUGUUGAUGCCAAGAACACUUACAAUGUCACACCCUUGCUUGCAUCAGCACGGGGAGGUCAUUCUGAUACUGUCAAGAUAUUGAUAGAUGCUGGGGCUGAUGUUGAUGCCAAAGACACUAACAAUGUCACACCCUUGCAUCAAGCAACUAGAAGAGGGGAUUUACAAGUAGUUGUGGGACUCAUACUAAAGGGGGCUAAUGUGAAUCUUAAGAACAACCUUGGUGCGAUACCUAUUCAUCUGGCAGUAGAAGGUAGAUACAUACAAAUCAUAAAUGAACUAAUGAACAAAACUGAUUUAGCUGACCCUGGUGCACUCUCGAUAUUACACUCUUUAUUACUGGAAACCGAUAUUGGUAUGCUGAAGAUUAUGUGCCGCAAUUCAUCAGUCCACCGUGCUUGUGGCAAAUACGGGAGGACCUUACUCCAUGUUGCCGGACAACUCGGCUGCCAUGAACACAUUCAACAUUUAACAACAUGUGAUGGAGUCGAGGUUAAUCACAAAGAUCACUUUGGAAAGAGUUCACUCCACUACGCCGUAGAGAUUGGGAAUGAAGAGACAAUACAUGAACUUCUAGAAGCUGGUUGUGAUGUUCAUGAAUUAGACUUAGCGCAGAAGUCAGUUUUGCACCAUGCUGCAAUAAAUGGACACUGCAAUCUUAUAGGAUUUUUCAUUGAAAAAUAUAGGUUAGAUCCAUAUCAGGCUGAUGUUGAUGACAGGAACUGUCUCCAUUAUGCUGUGAUCUAUCGAAAUGAGGACGUAGUGGCCCUGUUGAUGGAGAAAUACAGUGAUCCUAGGAAGGAUGCAAGGGACUAUCGAAACAAGACACCGACUGACUACUUGCAUCAGUGUGAAGAAGGCAGUUUGACAUCAAAAUACCUUCGAGGCUGGACAUCAGGAGUUACUGCAAUUGAGCUUGGUAACACCGAAAGUGAUGAUCAUACUGCCGGAGAAUGCUCUGAUAUUACAAAUAUUCCUGACUUGUGCAAAAUUUCAGAACAACCAUACAUUGGGUCUGUAAUGGCAAUCACAGGACACGAUAAUGUAAAAUUUGUCAAAUAUGUUAAAGAAAAGGUGCAACAAGUUAUAAAAGAGGUACUACCACAGAUCACGGAAGUGAAGGUUAUUGGGGUUGGAAGUUCAUUUGAGGCAUCAAAGCAUGGCAUGCCUGAUGAAUUUGAUUUUUUGGUGAAGUUGGGACAUAUUUAUCAUGAUUAUGAAAAUUAUGAUAAACAUGAAGGAUAUCAAAAUAUGAAGAAUUUUUUUUUCAUAGAUAAUUCUCAGGAACCUAAGGUCAUUGGGUCAUAUGGGAUGUGGGUGUGGAGCAGACUCAUGGAAUAUUGGAGUGAUUGCGUAUCAAACAAAAAGGCCACACGAAGUGAUGGUGAUCGCAGCUUCUGUGUGUUAUCGCCACCACAGAGACAUCCUGAUCGUAAAACCUGCACGACAUGGAUCUGGCUGUACAGUGAUGAAAUGUUUACCGACUUGCCAAUAUCAAUAGACUUGGUGCCUGCCAUUGAGGUUGACAUGAAUAAUUCUAAAAUGAGUUCAGCAUUGAUGAUUUUUAAGAGAAUAGACUGCAAACAAUCAAAAAAGUACAUAGUUCCUAAAAUUCCAUACAGGACCAGCACGGUAGCACAAAACAUUAAACCUGACAAACUUAAUCAGCUUGGGCGGGACUCCUACCCAACAAUUGAGGUGGAUUACCUCAAAGCUUUGGAUAAACGGGUGAAGGCUGUCUUCAUCACAGCAAAAUGUGUGAGAAAGGCAGAGGUGUGUGGCUUCAAAAUUAAAAUCAACAAGGGUGAUAUGGUAUGUGGCUACAAAAUUAAAAACAACAAUGUCAAUAUUAAGUCGGUCAGUGAGUUAGUAACCAGCUACAGAUUGAAAUCUGUAUUCUUGCAUCUGGUUGAACUGUUUCUGAAGUCAGACAUGUCCCUCGGGAAAAUGGUCCUGAUGGUGUAUGAACAUUUAGAAAAGUGUCUCGAGAGAGAUAAUCUACCAAUGCCCAUGAAUAAUAAUGUCAAUGUGUUGGCUGGGUCCAAGCUGAGUACAGAAGACAGCCUCCAGGUGACCAGGAUCAUGGCAAGGUUUGUCAGGCGUCUGUACGAGAGGGAUGUCUCAGCUGAACAACGGGAGAGAGACCCAAGAGAAGAGGCUCAGGGACUAAUGAGACUAAGAGCAGAGUACGAGCAGGAACUGGAUGAAUGGACUAAGACUAAGAGGGAUGGAUCUUGGAUUGAUCUGUGCAGGAAACCAACACUGAAUCCAGUCCUGUUUCCAAAGCUUCCCAGGUAGUGACAUUCAGUUACAUCACACCAGUUUCUUUCUCGGUGUAGUUCAACCCUUUCUUCUGGAGACAUAACCAUGAACCUUUCAAAGCUGAAUAAAUGAUAAAUGCACUUAAGUCUAUAUGCUUACAGCAAAAAGUUCUUAUGUCUCCUCAAAUGCGUGGUUCUGCAAUAUAUUGUGUCUAUUCAAGCAUUGUAGGUCUCUGGUAGCGCCUUGGGGACGGAAUCAAAGCUGAGGUUCCUAAUGUAACCAAUGGUUAACAACCACAGGCUUCGUCAUCAAUGAUAACUGUUAUGAAUUCGGUUCUCAUUGACUGAUUGAGUUUAUUUAGCUCAUGUGUAAGUAACUCAAAUGAAAUGGCUACGGCCGUGUGUGAGCAUCGGAUCAAUCUUUCGCAGACAAGUUAUAACCAUUCUGCUAAAGAAACAUACUAUAUAUGGGUAUGGGGCAGAAGCAGCACAGUGGAAGAGAGUCGGUCUCUGGAUCGAGAGGUUGUGGGUUUGACUCCCAGCUAAGUCACUGUUUGGUUCCCCUACUGGUCGAGUUCAAGUGAGAGUCUUCUGGUUGCUCCUUGAAAUCCGUGAUUGAUUUCUGUGGAGACCAGGUAAUCAUAUGGUACCCCAAAAGUGCUUUGAACAGGGAAACAUUGAAAAGCGCGAUAUAAGAACUCAACGUGAUUAUUUUAUCAUAGUUUAUACUGGCUGAUUUGCCAAAUAUCAUUUGACUGUUGUGACCUUGAAUAUUUGGUCAAAUCUAAGGUGCUCAGCUGACAGAUUGGGGGUGGGCCAAUGAAAAUGAGCCCACAGCUACAUGUAAAUAUGGAAUUGUGCAAAUAGUAUCAGAGCUGGUACCUAUUAAAUAUUGCAGACACAUUUAUACUAUAUUUACUAUAUCCUUUGUACAUAUUACAGAGAAAAUCGGAUGACCAUAGCUCAAACACUGGGACUAUAAGAGCAGUUAUGGAAAUCAGACAUUUUUGAUAGUUCGCGCAACUAUCUAUUUUUUUAUGUAUUUUGAUGUAUCUUGAUCAUUCUCGUUUCACAAUGUUACUUAAUUAGCUUCCAACAAUCAUUUAGCACAGCUUAGUUAAGAAUAACAUUUAAACAAUUUUUUAUAAUUUGUUUUAAUGAGCUUGUUUCAUGUGUUAUUGAGAUUUUGGAUCAGCCACUCAAAAACAUGUUUGUGUUGGGCUAUUUUUGAAUUUCUGUCCCCAGGUGAAUUUGUGUUGUAAUACAAAUGUAGUAGUUACAUGUACUAGAUUUCUUUGUGAAUCUAAUGUUAUUAUCUAAAUUCAGAUUUUGGACUCCAGACUGGGAACAAUCAUAAUUAGUUUUCCUCUCUGUGAUGAUGAAUGCAUAUUGAAUUUAUGAAGUUUUUGAAGCCAAAUGGCAAACUUAUGCCAUUUAAUCUCUGUGACCUCGAACAGUAGGUCAAAUGGAAAAACUUGUGUAACAAUUCAUGUAUGAGAGGUGGAUAUGAUGAUAAUACUGUCAUAAAUUGAAGAUUUGCUGCACUUUUUAUGUUUUAAGUUUUGGCCCUCUGGUGGCUAAAUUAAGGGUCAGAUUGAACUGAAAUUAAGUGUCAAAGGUCAUCUGACCGAGGGGAUUAUGUGUACAAAAUUUGAAUUUCAUAGGAGGUUAUCUUAAUAUCAAACAUAUCUUAUCUCGGUAUCGCACAUCAAUUGUACUGUAGAAGAACAAAAUGGAACAUACCUGAGCAAACCCAAGAUAAAAUAACUGAUAGUCGGUCAUAUUUAUCCCAGGCAGGGGGUGCUCUGACCCGUGAACUUUACGCCAGUCCUGAUAAGCCUGAAAAACAAGACAUUUCAGAGUUAGGGCGCAUGUCAAAUAUCACGAGGCUGAGAAAAUGAACACGCUUGAUCUCUCUCCCAGGCCUUUCAAUUACAUUGACACCCUUACACCUUGUAAUUUUUUAACCUUUUUUGGGGACAUGUUUUUUUCACUAUUAAGCCUUUGGGGACAUUUUGUUGUGGCAAGCCAUCGAAAUUAGUCAAAAAUUCAGUGGGCAUUUGAAGUAUGUCUCUUAUUUUUUGUCGCCACAUGAAAAUGACACAUUUGGGUGUAUAGUAUCAAGCAUUAAUUUAUGUCAUUAAGGAACAGAAUUAAGCAUGUUGAGGCAUAGAAAAGGCUUCAGGGGUCAAUUACCCCUACUAUUCACGUCUCUUUUUUCAUGAUUGGCGAAAAUUCAUGAAAGAGAUAAAAACUUUCAUGGUUUUUAGUUUAGUGGAUUAUGAAAUAGCUUCCAGUUUUUCAAACCAAUAAGUAUUUUUUCGGAUUUUUGAUUAUUACACAUCUACAUAUAGGUUAAUCUAGGUUUUCGGCUUGACCUAGGUUGUAUAGGCUUGACCUAGGUUUUCGGCUUGACCUAGGUUGUAUGGGCUUGACCUAGGUUGUAUAGGCUUGACCUAGGUUUUCGGCUUGACCUAGGUUGUAUGGGCUUGACCUAGGUUGUAUAAUACUAUUUCUUAUUGGUCAAAAUGAAUUCAGGAUUCUCUUUAUAUAUUCGUUAAAUGCUUUAGGUUUGAAGCACUGGGAUGUUGAUCAAUGAUAAUUCUAAAACACCUUGGUUACAAUGAACCACAGUUUACAGUGUAUAACGCACUCAGUGCCUCAUUUUGACGGCAGCAGUUAUGAUCAGGCAACCACGGCCUGCGUUGGUGCAAAAUAUGGAAGCGGUGAAAAGCAGUCAAAAUCUCAUUUUUUUGCGUAAAUUGGUGUGUUUUAUAAUAGAAAUGGAUACCUCACUGAUAGAAAUGGUUGUCUCUCACCAAACACUGCUCGUGGAGAAGCGAUUUUGCCCAAAAUCUCAUCUGCCAAAUUGGUUUUGGCCAAUAAUUUAGGUGAGACACCAUUGGUAUAAAUUCCUAAACCAUUUAACUUGUAAAAAAGAACUUCUCAAACUGGGACCAUAUUCUCAUGUACUUGUCCGCCAAACUUAGUAUAUUUUCUAUUUCAUGUUGAGUAUGUUUCAACUUCAGUUCUAUUGUUUGAGUAUUCAGGGGCGGAGCUAGCAUUUUGGUUUGGCGGGGGGGGAGCAGAAGUGUUUUUGGGUGUGAAAUAUGACACUGCUUGAAAUUUAUGGGCCAAAAUCAUGGUCAAAAACACAUUUUGGUGACUUCAUGAGGCUUUUUGCACCUCCCCCCUCGUAGCUACAAACCUGAGAUAGGGCGAUAUGUUGGACAAGUUGUACACAGUUCAUAUUAGGGAGGUUGAGAUCUGGGACUUAUCACGGAUCGAGUAUGGAUAAAAACGUACAGAAAAUUCGUCCUCUUUCUACCGAGUAUUCUUCGUAUAUGUAUAAGGCUCCUUGAUAAGUUGAAGACACUAUCAAGGCAGAAAUAUUUGAAUGCCUUUUAUGUAGAAAGAGUUUUGGCUGCAAAAACGAAAAUCUAAUUACUGAGUCUAAAUUACCAUGGUAACUCAGAGUCGUUGUAAGACCGGUAAUUUGGUAUUACCACGUUCUGGUCUUGGUGGGUGGGAUUGUGUAUAGUCCAUUCAUAAAUCUGUUGUCUUCGUUGUUUAGUAGAACCUCUCUAUUAAGGACACCAUUCGGUGUGACAAGUGUUGUCCUUAAUAGAGAGGUGUCCUGAUAAGAGAGCUCAAAUUGAAUGGAAACAAUCAAUUUGGGUCUAAAACUAGUGUCCUUAAGAGAGAAGUUGUAUUAAAUAGAGUGGUGUCUGCUUAGGGAGGUCCACUACUGGUAUUGGGUGUUAUUAUGCUAUUUCAUAAAUAUGCAAAAUUGCAAUUUCACGAAAUUGCGAAAUAAAAGGUUGACAAAUACUUCUGGGUUUACGGUAAUGUUGGGCAAUAAAAUUUGAUUUAAGAAAAACUGAAUUCUGAAGAAAUCGGUCCAGUAUCUUUUGCACAGCGGAUCAAAAGGACGCGAACAUUUACUUCUGAAUAGUAUAGUAAACCAUGAUAAAACUUGUGUAUGUUAUCUAAAUAUUUGUAUUUCAUCAUCUUCUACUUGUUGUAAGACUUUGACUUUAACUUGGAUGUUGUAGAUCAAUAAUAAAUUGAA